AUGGAAACUAAAGAUGCCACGGGGAAAGAAAGUGCAGGACCAAAGAAAAAGAACCUGACCUUCUUAAAGCAGAAGCUGUACAUGCUGGAGAGGAGGAAGACAGACACCAUUGUCGAGAAGAACGUUUCUGGGGACAACAGCAGCUCUGGAACUCUGAGGAGAAGCCAAUCUGACAGGAGCGAAUACAGCCAGAAAUUACAAGAAAAGAUGGCACCUCAAGCAGGGUCCUCAGGGCCAGUUGGCUCUCCACUGGAAAAUGAAGAGCAAUUGAGCAGGCGGAUGAUGGCCAAAAGGCAGAAGAUAAUUGCUGAAAUGGUGCAGACAGAAAGAGAUUAUUGCCAUGAUCUGGACCUCUGCAUCAAAACAGUGGUUGAGCCCUUAAGAAGAAUGCAGAUCGCUAGGUUCGAUGUGGAUGGCUUAUUUAGCAACAUUGAAUCAGUCCAUCAGAUAUCAGCCAAACUGCUGUCAUUGUUGGAAGAAGCAACAGUGGACAUGGAGCCAGCCAUGCAAGUAAUCGGGGGAGUGUUCUUGCAGAUUAGAGACUUGCUAGAAGAUACAUACAAGAUCUACUGUUACCACCAUGAUGAUGCACACAUCUUGCUGGAGUCCUAUGAGAAGGAUGAAGAGCUGAAGCAAUGUCUAAGGGACUGCUUACAAUCUUUAAAAAAGAUAUAUGAAGAAGGGGGGAAACCAAACCUACUGGACAUGGGAUCUCUGAUGAUCAAACCGAUACAGCGUGUGAUGAAGUAUCCUUUGUUGCUGUGUGAGCUUCUGAAUUCGACACCCAUGUCCCACCCAGACCACAGAGCUCUGCAAGAGGCACUGGUGGCCGUGAAAGACAUGAAUAUGAACAUCAAUGAACUUAAAAGAAGGAAGGAUUUAGUCCUGAAGUACAAGAAGAUUGAUGAAGAUGAAUCGCUGAAAGAGAAAUUUUCGAGGCUGAAUAUUCACUCCAUUAGUAAAAAGUCCAAGAGAGUCACUAGUCACUUGAAAAUCCUGACCGGCGGAGAACCUCAGGUUAAAGAUGAAAUUUUUAACAAGGAAGAAAAAUUGUUUAGAAGUUUAGAAAAGACCGUGAAACUCUGUGUGAAGAAUAUUUCGUUGUCUUCACAACAUCUGGAGGAGUCGACGCACCUAGCUUUUCAGAAUGCCACUGACCUUCAGGAUAUUCUGCAUGAGAGAGAGGACUCUGGCUCUCUGAACACAUCAACGAAUGCUGAAAACCCCUAUGACAGAUUUGCAAGCCAACUGGACAAGAUGGUUUUGACUCCGCUGUUGGUAUUGCAAGCCCUGUUCCCAGGACCUCAGAAACUAAUUCAAAAACGUUAUGACAAACUGCUGGACUACCAUGGCUACCACCAAAAGGCCGCAGGGGAUGAGAUGGACCUGGCCAGAAAAGAGUAUGAAGCUCUCAAUGCUCAGCUGGUAGAGGAGCUUCAGAGGUUCAAUGAGGCAGCAAAGGAAAUUGUGACAAACUGCCUGUGCAGCUUCAUCAUUCUCCUGAGAGAUCUGAUGGCAUCAGCCCUGCAAGUCUGUUCCACUGGAGAAUCUCCUGGGCAUCUCUCUUGUCAAGAUAUCUCUGAAGUUCAGUAUCAGGUGCUGGAAGAGGUGUACAGUCUGAAUUUUGUUAAGGAAAGCAACAACACAACUUUUCUUGAGAGGAAGCUGAGCUUUGAAAAGAAGAAACCCGCACCUACACAGAUUGAAUCUCCACGUCAGACUGAAAGCCACAGGUCAAUCAUCUUGUCUACGUACAACUUGGAUUUGCUGUACCAAGCCAAGCGCAAAUGCAAUGCCACCCAGGAGCAUGAUAUUGAUCUAUAUGAAGGAGAAGUGGUGGCUAUUGUGGAGCAAAAGGAUCCUUUUGGAAGUGCAAGCAGAUGGCUUGUUGACACUGGAAUUUCAAAAGGAUAUGUUUAUUCCUCCUUCUUGAAACCCUAUAAUCCGGCAAAGAUGCAAAAGGAUGCUGGGGAAGCCAGUUUUUGUGACGGCGACUUUGAUAACAUCAGCCUCUUUGUCUCUUCCCGGCAAACGGAGAAUGGCUGCACCAAAACCGCAGGACAUAAGAGAAGUGACAGCGGCUCUUCCUAUAAUAGUCUAUGUGAAAAGUCUGCAGUUAAUGGGACAGAGACGGAUAGUAUUUACGAAGUGGAUGACCAACACACGUUUUAUGCAGUUCAUGCGUUUCAAGCCAGGAGUCACCAGGAACUCAGUCUUCAGGAGUAUCAGCGGGUUCGGAUCCUUCGGUUUUCUGACCUGAGUGGCAAUAAGGAAUGGUGGUUAGCUGAAGCUAAAGGACAAAGGGGAUAUGUGCCAGCUAAUUAUCUUGGGAAGAUGACAUAUGCGUAA